CUCUCUCGGUAAAAUGGCAGAGGUCGGUCAAAAGCUCGGGAGCGGGGCUUGCCGGCUGUCUGCUCUCAGGAGCGGCCAGACCCGGCCGGCGAGCACCGGGAGAGGCUCCGGGGGACUGUCCGUCAGCGGUCCGGUGAGAGACGGCUCUGUGGCGGCUCGACGUGAAGAGCAGCCGGUGUCAGAGAGGAGAGCGUCAGGACGCAGACCCAGGAAACUUUGGACUGUGAGGAAAAGUGAUAUUCGGCUGGAAAAAACUUUUUUGCAUUGUGCUCCGCCUGCGGAGAUGCGGUUCAUCGGGUUUUAUGGAAGCUGGGAGAGUUUGACCGCUCUGCCGGCAGCCCUCCGUCUCUCCUCGGCCUGUGCUGGACGCUUCCAGGAGAGGCUGCUGCCCAGCAGGACUCUGUGGACCCCCCAGCCCGACCCCCUCAGGCCCCCUCAGCAUCCCAGAGCCUUCUGCACUCUUGUCUUCGUCCUGGCACCGGAGAGGCCAGGCUGUGGACUCAGACGUCUGCGCCCCGAUGCCCUGAAAGGACCUGCAGCUUCUCGAGCCUACAGCCGGGGCUCAGGGGAGGCUCCUCUGCUGCACAGGAGCAGGACAGCCUACUACGACAUUCUCAAAGUGUCCCCCAGUGCCACGCAGGCCCAGAUCAAGACGGCCUACUACAAACAGUCCUUCAUCUAUCACCCUGACAAGAACCCAGGGGACAAGGACGCCUCGCAGCAGUUCUCUGCAGUCAGCGAGGCUUACACCGUGCUGGGAAACAUCAGCCUGAGGAGGAAGUACGACAGAGGCAUCCUGAGUCAGUCAGACGUUCAGAGUGCAGGGAGACCAUCGUCCAAAGAACAGACUCCCAGAUCCACCGGCUCCUCACAGCAGCAGCAGCAGCAGAGGGCCAGAAAGUUCACCCGGCCAGGAGGGAAACCAGUGUAUGAUUUUGAUGCUUUUUAUCAGGCUCACUAUGGGGAGCAACUCCAGAGAGAGAGAGAGAUGAGAGCCAGGAAGCAGGAAUGGGAGGAGAUUAAAAAGAAAAGGCAGUCAGCGUGGAGGGAUGAGAAAAUAAUGGAUCUGACGCUGACAUUGGUGGUGGCCAUGGGAGGCCUGCUGUUUGUCAGUCUCCUGAAAUAGAAGCAGCAGUCUGACGCGUCCCUUCUCAGGCUGCAUGCUGCGACCCUCAGGAGAGGGAGGGGAGCUACCUCACACUGCUCUGGAAGAGCUGCACCUUCUUCGAAUCUUGAAUAUUUUUAGGAUCUUGCUGCUGUAAACACACGAGCUGGCAUCUAGGCUUCCCAUUCAUAAAACAUAAGCAGACACAUGCUGAUUGUAUUUAAGGUUCAGAGGUUUUAAUGUGUGUUAAAAUGGUCCUCAGACUGUUGUAUGUACACCACGUGACAGUAGAACUUACCUCUACCCCAUUGUGAUUGCUUCCAGUGUGUGUGUCUCACCGUCUUCUGAACCACAUGCCAUUCACUGAUGACCUGGAAAAAGUGAUUGUUUUCAUUUGAAACAUGUUCAAAAGAUUUUAUCAAACAUUUCUGGACUUAUGUCAGACCCAUUUCUUUCUUUUAUUAUUAGAAAUGUGAAAUGCACAAAAACCCCAGUUAUUGAAAAUGUUUUUGCUGCAGCAGCCAGCCCCCUGCAAAAAAAAGAGAAAAUGUCUGCAAUAUUAUUUUGUCCACUAUCACUUUGAAAAAAAUGGGGCAUCUCCUUAUGUUGGAUCACACCAGUGUACUAAAGUGUUCGUUCAGAACAAGGUUCACUCUAUCAUUUAGAAACAAUCCUGCAGGAACAGCGGCACUUUAUUUUUGGUGGGCACGGCUGCAAAGAAACCAAAAGGCUGAUAAUAGAAAAACUGAGAAACCCUGGGAAAGGAAGUGUUUGUAUUUACUGAUACAGUAAUUCAAGUUUAUAAGAGUGUGUUGAUCAUUGGAUAUAUGGUAUAAUUGUUUAAUCAGAUGUUAUCAAUCACAAAACUGCUCUCAGAGUCACAUCAGCAGUUUCUGAAAACUGAUGCCUGAAUGUAAAUUACUACAUUUUUAGGGGUAAAUCUGAGAAUCCCAUGUUUAUCUUGAUGCUGGUUUGGACUUGUUAACAGUCGUUAAAUCAGUUUCCUGAGGAGUUCAGAACCUGAUCAUUUACUUUGUUUAAGGUUCUGACAAUUUUGAAGCAAAACAACAUUUUGUGGCAGCUUUAAAUUAUUAACACUGAACAACGCACAAUUUCAACAGGUUCAUGUAAAUGCCGGCCCUGAAGGCUCAAAGAUUAAAAUAUCAGGAUUUUUUGAAAAACAAAUUCACACACAUUUGUCACAGAUAUGUGUAUUGUACUGUACACACAUGAUCCCCCUUGUUAAAGUGUUUAUUUUGUCAUAGAAAAGUUCUAUUUGAAAAAAAAAAAAAACUAUAAUA